AUGGGAAGUUCUUGUUUGACUUUAACAAUAUUGGUGAUUGCUGGAUUAUUGAUAUAUAACACAAGUGAGGUUUCAGCUCAAUGUGGAGGGAGCAUAACAGAUGCUAUAUCUUCGUGUUCUCAGUAUGUGCAGAAGACUGGGCCAACGAUUCCUCCAUCACCAGCGUGUUGUGUAGUGUUGAGAAAAUUUGAUGUGCCAUGUGUCUGCAAACUUAUUACUAAGGAAGUUGAAAACUUUAUCAGUGUUUCAAAGGCCAUCUUUGUUGCACGCUCUUGUGGAUUGAAUGUUCCCCCGGGAAUGCAAUGUGGACCUGUUAAAGUGCCGCCAAAAGUGAUGAAGUGA